UUCCUACAGACAAAGGCGGAAAUGCUGGAUGAUUAUUUUUCUUUUGAAAUUGACAAGGAUGGAAAUUUGUGUGGAUUACCUUUGUUAUUGGAAAAAUACAUUCCAAAUUUAGAAGGACUUCCUAUAUACAUGCUGAGAUUAGCAACCGAAGUAGAAUGGAACAAAGAGCAAGAAUGUUUCCAGACAUUUUGUCGGGAAACCGCCCGUUUCUUUUCCCUUCCACCAAAUUCGAAUAAAUCCGAAAAUGAGGAAAGAACGGAAUGGGAGUGGAUGAUGGAACACGUCCUUUUUUCUUCUUUCCGAUCUUCCUUUCUUCCACCUUCCCACUUUGCCGAAGAUAGUACGGUAUUACAAUUGGCAAAUUUACCGGAUCUGUAUAAAGUGUUUGAGCGUUGUUAAACUCUGAGGUAUUUUUAUGUAUAAAACACUGUAUAUAAAUAUAGUUGAAACAUAGUUUUUAAUGACAUUUGUG